GCUGGGCCUAAACUCAUUCCGCGGUCCCCUACCGGUUUUAGGGCAAAGCUGCUAUGCGUUCCGGGGGCCGCGGUCGGCCCCGGCUACGGCUCGGGGAACGUGGCCUCACCGAGCCACCCUCAUUACCCAAACGUCGCCUGCUACCGCGGGUGCAGCUGUUGCCCCUGCUGCUGCUGGCGCUGGCCGUGGGCUCCGCGUUCUACAUCAUCUGGAGCAGCUGGCGCCGCGGCGCUGAGGAGCUGUCGCGGGGCCGGGAGCUGCGGGCCCCGCCGAUUGGAAGCCUCCCGGAAGACAGGCUGCGACGGGUGGUGGGACAACUAGACCCGCAGCGUCUCUGGAGUACUUACCUGCGCCCUAUGCUGAUUGUGCGAACCCCAGGCAGCCCAGGCAAUCUCCAGGUCAGAAAGUUCCUGGAGGCCACGCUGAGGACCUUGACAGCAGGCUGGCAUGUAGAACUGGAUCCCUUUACAGCGCUGACGCCCCUGGGGCCACUGGACUUUGGCAACAUAGUGGCCACACUGGACCCAGGGGCUGCCCGUCACCUUACCCUUGCCUGCCAUUAUGACUCGAAGCUCUUCCCUCCCGGGUCAGCCCCCUUUGUAGGGGCCACGGAUUCGGCUGUACCCUGUGCCCUGCUACUGGAGCUGGCCCAGGCCCUUGAUCUGUUAUUGAGCAGGGCCAAGGAGCAGGCAGCCCCAGUGACACUACAGCUGCUCUUCUUGGAUGGUGAAGAGGCGCUGAAGGAGUGGGGACCCAAGGACUCCCUUUAUGGCUCCCGGCACCUAGCCCAGCUCAUGGAAUCCAUACCCCACAGUCCCGGCCCCACCAGGAUCCAGGCUAUUGAGCUCUUUGUGCUUCUUGAUCUUCUGGGAGCCCCCAACCCAACCUUCUACAGUCACUUCCCCCGCACUCUCCGCUGGUUCCAUCGGCUGAGGAGCAUCGAAAAGCGCCUGCACCGUCUGAACCUGCUACAGUCUCAUCCCCAGGAGGUGAUGUACUUCCAGCCCGGGGAGCCCCCUGGCUCUGUGGAGGAUGACCACCUCCCCUUCCUCCACAGAGGGGUGCCUGUGCUCCAUCUCAUCUCAACGCCCUUCCCCUCCGUCUGGCACACACCUCUGGACACUGAGGCCAAUCUCCACCCACCCACUGUCUACAACCUGAGCCGCAUCCUCGCUGUGUUCCUGGCUGAAUACCUGGGGCUCUAGCCUUCUGGGUCAAUGCUUCAGGAGGACCUUACUCUAAGGAAGAAGUACCCAGUAGGACAUAUGCCAAGGCACCCUGUGCCGGGGGAGCUCAGCUGGGUUCACCUCCAGUGUGCCGGCUUGCCUUCCUGACACCUUUGACUCCUAUUUGUGCUACAAGUGGAAAAUCCUCUUUCCUUUGUCUGAAGCUACCCCCACUUCAAGGACAUGGAAGGAACCACCGUGGGGAUGAGAGCCAGAGGAACGAGAGCUUGGGCCCUGCCCUGAGGUAAACACUUGGUCUGAAAGGUCUACAGGGACCAAAUGCUAUUCUUUUAGUCAGCAAACAAUGGACUGGCAUCUGGAGCAGCAGCACCCAACCAAAUGAAGCCUCUGUGGCUUCUGUUUCUAUGUGGGUUGGUUCUCCAGAAUGGCAGCCUUGCUCCUGCCUGAGUCAAACCUCUAACUCCCCCAGGAGACCACAGAGGCUGGGCUCAGACAGAACAGAGACGGAAGCCAAGACCUCGGAGCUCCAGAUCUGCCUGACCCAAAGGGCAACAAACCAGUAUUUUAAGUGGAUCAGAGAUCAACCUAGUGGGGUGAGACAUUAAAUGAGUUUUCUCCCUGCAUAACUUGAAUUCUCCACAGUAGGACAGAGAAUGCAGUCGUUCUCAAAGUGUCUCAUCAGGGAGCCCCAUUAUUGGGAAACACCUUACGGAACUCGGUACUUAAUAAAAUAUUUUGGGAAACAUGGGGAUUGGAAUGUUUGAGAGCAUUUAUGGUAGGAAUGGAUCAGACAGACCUAGAUUGGCUCCACAGUAGUUAUACCAAACCAUCAGCUAUGGGUAUACCAUGUGAGAUGGUGGGUACAACUGGGAGUCAGUGAGGAGGAACCUCCCAACCCCACCUCAUCUUCAUAUUCAGCUGUGGAGCUAUGUAAAAAGGCAGACUUGCAAGUCCCACCCCAGACCUACUGAACCAGGACUCCAGGGAGGGGCUGGGACUCUGUGACAACCUGAAGGAGUCUCUUGGCAGAGAUUGGGAAAUGCUGUCUUCAAGGAUGCAGCUUGGUGCAGGGACAGCGACUUAGGAAACCUCAAAAGGAAACCCUUUAUGGAGAGAGCCACAUGGGGUGUAGCUCGCUGGUAGAGCACUUGCCUAGCAUGUGGGAGGCCCUGGGCUCCAUCCCCAGACAAGAUGGAAGGUCAUUAAAUGGGGAAGGUGAACUCGGGCCUUCCAAGCCAGCCUGAGGCUGUGGAAGACUCAAGGGAACGCCAGAACUGAAACGCAAGUUACCAAACUAGGGAGGAAACCAGAAGAUCCUCAAUUUAGAUUCUUCCAGUCACUGAUAUUUAUUGGGUACCUACUAUUACUUGUGCUGGGCACAAGCAAUUUACUUUUGUCAACUCAUUUAGUCUUUCCCCAAAUCCUGAGGUAGGUACAAUUUCAGUCCUCAUUUUGCAGGUGAGGUGGCUGAGAGAGAAUUGUGAACCAGUUGUUUCACCUGCAGCUGUGCUUCCAAGGACCCCUGUGUGUCCCACCUCCCUUCCCCAUGUCACCUGUGCCGGAUGAAGUUUGCUGGAAAAAAGUAGCGUGUGGCUUUCAAAUGGCUCCAUGCACACUUCCGGCUUGAUCCAGGGUAAGGAUGGCUAUUAGACCCAUCCUACAGAUCAGGCUGCUGAGGCUUGGCAAGGCCGUGUUGCCCCAGGUUUCGUGGCCUGCAAGCCUCGCAGCUCCCACACCUACUUCACACUUGGGCUCUCUCAGCUUCACUCUAUGAAGGGACCAUAGGUGUGUAUUUAAGUACAGUUUUGAGCACUUACCAUCUUCUGAGGAAUUGUUGGGGUGGGUUGAGUGUCCCUAAUCCAAAAAUCUGAAAUGCUCAGCUUUUCACAUGUGGAAAAUUCCACCCCUGACCAGGUGACAGGAUGCAGUUAAAAUGCUGGCACUAAAAAUGUAUAAAAUUACCUUCAGGUUCUGUGUAUAAGGUAUAAAUAAAGCAAAAGAGUUUUAUGGA